CGAAAGUCGAUUAAACGACGUUCGUCCCUGAUCAUACACUUUUGAUAUCAAUUAAUUUGGCUCAAGCAGUAUUGCCCUGACUAGAACCCUGACUAUCCGUGAAGUCGAAGAAUCUCGUGUGGACGAUGGGCGAAAUGACAGAGAAAGAACCCAACAUACAGUGGGCUUUAGACCUAUUGACACCCCAUCCAGAGCGUGAACGUUUUGUUUUAUACGAUUAUUGGCCUCCUGUAACGUGUGCUCUGGCAGGUUUCGCCUCGGCUCUAGUCGUAAAUUACUUUGGAAAAAGACCUUUAAUGUCAGGAAUUCAAUCACACAUAGUGCUUACCGUACUGGGAGCUGGUAUAGGUCAGUGGGGUCAUCUCAAAAGAGAAAGCAUACUUUCAGAGAGGGACGCCGUUUUUCGUGAUUACAUUCGGCGCCAUCCUGAAGAUUUUCCAGAGCCAGAACGUAAAAAGUGGGGUGACCAAUUUCUGGAGUGGGUUCCAGUGCGCUAGACACAAUGAGAAUAUUGUAUCGUUUUCAUAGGUCAUUCAUACAUGCAAUACUACUGUUUCUGAAUAAAUGGUGAAUAUUAUUAA